AAACAGAUUUCGUGAAAUACAGAAAGAAAAGGCAAGAAAAUAGAGCCGAGUAGGCCUUACAAAGUAAACAGUCAGUUUUAAAACAUCAGUGCAAACAGUUCUAAUUCACUCCUCCGUUUGACAAACUUAUGUGUAAUAUUACUGGAAACUAGCAAGAGCAAGUGCGAAAAAGACUACAAUGGCAGAUACUGCGAAUUACAUCAACGACCGUUUCCAGACCUUCAUGAACGGGCUCGGUGACCGUUAUGAGCCCUAUGUGCGCGAGCACCUGUCUAAGGUUUACAUGGUCCUGGGCAGCACUGCCGCUGCCACGGCCAUGGGAGCCAUGCUUCAGAUGCGUGACUUUCUCGAUCUUGGAGUCCUGGCGGCGGUGGCCACUCUAGUCCUGGUCUUGGGUCUGCACUUCUACAAGGAUGACGGCAAGAACUAUUAUACACGUUUGGGCAUGCUCUACGCCUUCGGAUUCUGCUCCGGCCAGACGCUCGGACCGCUCCUCGGCUAUAUAUGCAGCAUAAAUCCGGCAAUAAUCCUGUCUGCCCUUACGGGCACCUUCGUCACCUUCAUCUCGCUCUCCUUGUCCGCCCUUCUGGCCGAGCAGGGCAAGUACCUCUAUCUGGGUGGGAUGCUGGUUAGCGUCAUCAACACCAUGGCGCUGCUGAGUCUCUUUAACAUGGUCUUCAAGUCCUACUUCGUGCAAGUGACUCAACUUUACGUCGGCGUUUUCGUUAUGGCUGCCUUCAUCGUCUACGAUACACAGAACAUUGUGGAGAAGUGCCGAAACGGAAAUCGAGAUGUGGUGCAGCACGCUUUAGAUUUGUUCUUCGAUGUACUCAGCAUGUUCCGCCGUUUGCUGAUUAUACUGACGCAAAAGCUCAAGACCUUCAUGGUUUAAGAUAGCUCAAGCCGGAGCCAGUUGCCCAAAAUAGCUCAAUCAGAUUAUCCUCGAAAACAUGCUGAUCACUUUGCAAAAGCUUCCAGUAUAAAAUUCGAUGUGAAAAACCAUUUUAAACGGAGGAGCGAAAACAGAAUGAACGCCGCCAGAACAAAACUAAAUAAACUUUUAUGUGUAACAGCCACCACAAGAAAAACAUCUGACACGGAUUUUGGAGGCAGAUUUCUCAUUCUAGAAAAUUAUUCGCAUUGAAUAUUAAUAAUGCCGUGUACAUUUGGCUUUAAAUUUACAGACAUAUAUAUCCAAUAUAAAACCCAUGAAAUUUUUCCAUUUAAUAAACACCACAAGAAGUAAG